AUACUGACCUGAUAUUUCCUCUCUGCCGACGGUCCCCAACUGCUGCACCAGUGCAAUGCUCAGGCUGCAACAUUAGCAACCUCAUUUUCCAUUUUUUGUAACCCUUAAGUGGGGAUACCCGUCAUAUUCUUUUUUUCAGUCUUCUUUUCUUUUGUUGAGCAAACUGCACCAGGUUUUCGGACAUGCCUAACAUCGUGCUUUUUAGCGGGAGCUCUCACCACGACCUGUCUCAGAAAGUAGCUGAUCGGCUGGGGCUGGAGCUCGGCAAAGUGAUAACGAAGAAAUUCAGCAACCAGGAGACAUGUGUGGAAAUCGGGGAAAGUGUCCGAGGUGAGGACGUGUACAUCGUGCAGAGUGGCUGCGGCGAAAUUAACGACAACCUGAUGGAGCUGCUCAUCAUGAUCAACGCCUGCAAGAUCGCCUCCUCGUCCCGCGUCACCGCCGUCAUCCCCUGCUUCCCCUACGCCCGGCAGGACAAGAAGGACAAGAGUCGAGCACCCAUAUCAGCCAAGCUGGUGGCAAACAUGUUGUCUGUGGCUGGCGCCGACCACAUCAUCACCAUGGACCUCCACGCCUCACAGAUCCAGGGUUUUUUCGACAUCGCUGUAGACAACCUGUACGCAGAGCCUGCUGUUCUGCAGUGGAUCAGAGAAAACAUUCCUGAGUGGAAAAACUGUAUCAUCGUGUCUCCAGACGCCGGCGGAGCAAAACGCGUGACGUCCAUCGCCGACCGUCUGAAUGUGGAAUUCGCCCUCAUCCACAAAGAGAGGAAGAAGGCCAACGAAGUGGACCGCAUGGUGCUGGUGGGCGACGUCAAGGACCGCGUGGCCAUCCUGGUGGACGACAUGGCCGACACCUGCGGCACCAUCUGCCACGCCGCCGACAAGCUCAUCGAUGCGGGAGCGAUAAAGGUCUACGCCAUCCUCACACACGGUAUUUUCUCCGGUCCGGCCAUCUCUCGCAUCAACAACGCCCCGUUCGAGGCCGUGGUGGUGACCAACACCAUCCCACAGGAAGAGAAGAUGAAGGCAUGCCCGAAAAUACAGGUCAUUGACAUCUCCAUGAUCCUUGCGGAGGCGAUCAGAAGAACCCACAACGGCGAGUCAGUGUCUUACCUCUUCAGCCACGUACCCUUGUAAAAAAACAAGAGAGGGUGACGGCCCCUGGCCCUCUCUGCUCCCCCCCCCCCCCUUACUCCCAGAGCCCUCUCCCCGGUCAGGCCGCUCAGCCGGCACUUUUGGCCACAUAUCCUCCAGAAAAGGCUCAAAAAAUGCCUGAUGAUUUCUGGCCAACCACAUGUGGCUGUAUAACGGUCACACCCCCCCCCACAAACACAUACACACACACACACAAACACAUUUUCUUUGACAUUUUCACCCAGGAGACAGCGAAAUAUCACUUGCUUCUCUGAAGACCAAGUUUGUAUUUAUGACUACUUUCUUUUUCUCUCUCUGUUUAUUUUUUCUCUUGUUUCGAUUUCAGUCUCUAGCAGACGCCAGGCCUUCACCUUAACAAAAGGGUCCAUUAUGUAACAU